GAAGGAAGCGAAGCGAAAGCGAAAGCGCUCGCGCUCUUUCUCCGCGGGGCGAAGCUGCUAUGGCUGCCGCGUGGGACCCCGUUGUGCAGCUCUGCAAGGUGGCCACUUGCUCCGUCUGCCGGGAGUAUUUCUCGGACCCGGUGACUAUCGCCGAGUGCUCGCACAACUUCUGCCGAGCCUGCCUGGCGCAGCUCUGGGGCAGCGCGGGCGCCGAGGCUUCGUGCCCUCAGUGCAAAGCAAAAGUUCGGAGGGCGACUGUCUUCGCCAACCUGCAGCUGGCGAGCAUCGUCGAGGUAGCCCAGCAACUCCAGCUUCAGGGGGGCGAAAGGAAGGAGCGACUCUGUGCGAGCCACCAGGAGCCGCUGAAGCUCUUCUGCAGGAACGACGGGACUCCCAUCUGCGGGGUCUGCAACAAGUCCAAGGAACAUGAGGACCACAGGAUAGUGCCCGUGGAGGAGGCUGUCUCCGAGUACAAGGAGUUUUUCUGUUCACAGGUAGAAAUUAUGGGAAUAUACAAAGCACAAAUCCUGAAGCAAAAAGCAGCCACAGAAAAGGAAAUUCAAGACCUGCUGAUGCAUGCAAAGACAGAGAGGGAGAAGGCCUUGGCUGAUUUCGGGCAGCUGCACCGCUUUCUGGAAGAGCAAGAGAAAUGCCUGCUGCGCAACAUGGCAGAGCUGCAUAAGGCAAUCCCGAAAGAAAGGGAUGAGCCAUGCUCUCCAAAGAACUCCCCUCUCUUGAAAGAUUGGAUAUUAGAAGCACCUGCGAGAGCGCAGGCCGCAGAGCCCGCACAGCCACGCCGAUGGCGCCCCCGCGACCGCAGCGGGGCGCGGCUGCUCCCGGGCGCUCCGUGCGGUGCAGCGCCGCCCAGCGGUGGCUCCAGCGCAGGACUCUCCGCAGAAAGGCGCCGCUCGGGCUGGACGGAAAGCGAAAGCCACCGCCGCGGACCAGCCCCGGGGAAAAUGAAACCAGCGCUGUUGUCUCGCCUGCGCUGGGGCACGGCCAUGGCUGCGGGCAGGGGCGCCGUGCAGGACCUCUGCGAUGAAGUGACCUGCCCCAUCUGCCUGGAGUACUUCAAGGACGCCGUCACCGUGGCCGAGUGCGGGCACAGUUUCUGCCGAGCCUGCCUGCCCCAGUGCGGGGGCAAGGCGGGCGGAGAGGCCUCCUGCCCUCAGUGCAGGGGGAUCUUCCGGCGAAGCAGCCUCCUGCCGAACCGGCAGCUGUCGAACUUCGUGGAAAUAGCCAAGAAGCUGACGAGCGCGGGGGAGGGAGGAGAGGGGCGCUUCUGCGAGAGGCACUGGGAGCCCCUGAAGCUCUUCUGCGCGGACCACGGAGCCCCCGUCUGCCUGGUGUGUUGCAGAUCCAAGGAGCACGAGGGGCACAAGCUGGUUCCUCUGGAGGAGGCGGCCCGAAAGGACGAGGAACUGAUCUCCAGCAGCUUGGAGCUUCUGAGGAACGAACAGCAACACAUUUGGAAGUAUAAAGAUAUGAGAGAAAAGGAAAGCCAAGACUUGCUUAAACAAACAAAAGUCCAGAAGAAAAGGGCCACGGCGUUGUUCAGAGAGCUACACCAGUUCCUGGAGAGACAAGAGGAGCUUCUGCUGGCCCAGAUGCAGGAGGUGGAGGAGGAGAUCACCAGGGUAAAGGAGGAGAUCAUGGCCAGAUUCUCCAGGGAGCUUUCCUUUUAUGAAAAUAUCAUCAGGAAGGUAGAGACAGAGAGGUCUCUGCAGCCAGCAAGAGAACUCCUGCAAGAUGUCUUAAGCAUCUUCGAAAGGAAAGAGGAAAUGGUGACACCUGGAGGUGCUGUAUUUUUUCCUUCUGCUCUGAAGUGGAGGAUCUGGGACAUCUCUGACAUAGCUCUUAUGUUGGAGGGAGUCGCAAAGCAGUUGAAAGAUGGGCUGCUUUCUGGACUUCAGCUGCAGAAAGCCAACAUCACUCUGGACCCCAACACAGCUCACCCCCAGCUCAUCCUGUCUGAGGAUCUUAAGAGUGUAAAAUUGGGAGAAGGCCCUCAAUGUCUCCCCGACAGUCCGGAGAGGUUCGAUGCCCAGGCGAAUGUGCUGGGCCAGGAAGGAUUCAUGGCUGGAAGACAUUUCUGGGAAGUCAUCAUUGAUCAUAAGAAGGAAUGGGCAGUGGGGGUCGCCCAAAAGACUGUGAGGAGAAAGGGCGAGAUCGGCCUAAUUCCCGAAGAAGGAGUGUUGGCAAUGGGGAAAUGGGGUGGUGACUAUCAAUUCUCGACCCCACCUCAUUCCCUCCCUCUGUCCCUUGGCAAGAGGUUAGAGAAGAUCCGGGUGUCUGUGAAUUGUGCCGUGGGGCAGGUAUCGUUUUUUGAUGCUGGCAGAGCAGCUUUGCUCUAUUCAGAAGCCAUCCUCUCCAGGGAGACCCUUCACCCCUUCUUUUGGCUAGGCCCCAAAGCCACGCUCAGACUCUGUCCUUAGGGCAGCUCAAUCUUUCGCCCAGGAUGAUUAACCAGCCCGAAGGCCCACACCUUAGAUGUUCAAGACCCUCUUGGACCUCUCUGGCAAGGCCUCCGCAAGAUGCGGGCUUGGCCACAAUCACCAAAAUGCUGCCCCACUGAGCCUCCCCCCACCCCAUUUCCUAAGGUGUGGUCAUGGCAGUCACGCAAAUGGGGCCUGUACCUCUGUAGCCCCCGGCUCGGGAACUUUCCGGAGCCAGGCUGGCGCCCUAGCAAUUUCAGCCCCACCUUCCACCCCAUUCCCACUCAGUGGCCACAACCUGAGGGGAUUUCUCCAUGCUCGCACCUUCCAGACUUCGUUGAAAAGCAACCUGGUACCCUCCUCACCCCCCCUCCUGCUUUAUUUGUUUAGCAAACUUUAGAUUUUAGCAUUAUCGGUUUCCUUUGGGUGCCUUCUGCACCUUGUGGGCCCCCUUCAGGGAUGCUGGCUCAGAGGUACAGUAUGUGGAUGCAUAUGCCCUGAUGUUGCAUCAUAGGAUCUAGAACAGGGGUCUCAAGCUCAACUUACCAGCCUCACCCAGACUGGGCCGCAUCAAGUAUUCCACAAAAAAAGGC